AUGAGUUUCUGCGAAGGCGUCAAGUUCAACCCAGACAAAGACAUCCCUGAUCUCCAGGGCAAGGUCAUCCUCGUGACGGGCGGCAACACGGGUCUCGGCCUCGAGAGCAUCCGCCAGCUCGCCCAGCACAACCCGGCUCACAUAUACAUGGGCGCGCGGUCGCGGGCCAAGGCAGAGCAGGCGAUCGAGUCGAUCCGGGCCUCGACGCCGGCCGCGGCCACGACGCCCAUCACGCCUCUCGAGCUUGACCUGGCCUCCUUUGCGAGCAUCAAGUCGGCGGCGCGCACCUUGCUCGCGGCGUCGGACCGCCUCGACAUCCUCCUCAACAACGCCGGCAUCAUGAACAUGCCCGAGGGCCUGACGGCCGACGGCUACGAGCUGCAGUUUGGCACCAACCACGUCGGCCCGGCGCUCUUGACGCAGCUGCUGCUCCCUCGGCUCAAGCGCACGGCAGCACUGCCCGACAGCGGCGACGUCCGCGUCGUGUUCUUGAGCUCGAGAAUAGAAGGGUACGCGCCGAGCGGCGUCUUUGACUCCCCCGAGAAGCUCAAGACCACAAUGGCCGAGACGGGCACGCAGUCGCGGUACGCCACCAGCAAGCUCGCCAACGUGCACUACGCCUGGGCGCUGGCCGAGAAGAACCCGGACCUCAAGGUCGUCUGCGUGCACCCCGGAGUGGUGCAGACGGGUCUGCUGAGCACCUGGAAGGACGGCUUCAACCCUGUCGUCAAGGGCGUCAUGAACCUGGCCGGUCGGGCCUUGAUGACCACGAUCGAAAAGGGCGCAUACAACCAGGUCUGGGCUGCGACGGCUGCCGAAGGAGUGGAGACGGGCACUUUCUAUCACCCGGUGGGCGUCAAGGGGAAGGGGUCAAAGGCCAGUAAGGAUGCCGGGCAGAAGGAUGUCUUGUGGGACUGGACGCAGAAGGAGUUGGACGGACAUCUUGUCGUCUAG